AGGAGGAGGAGGAGGAGGAGAUAAAGCAGCAGGAGACGGAGGAGGAGGAGGAGCAGGAGCCGCCUCGCCGUGCGGCGGCGGGGAGCCAUGGGCACGCUGUUGUGGUGGGACCAGCUGCGGGCCGGCAGCUCGGAGGUGGACUGGUGCGAGGACAACUACACCAUCGUGCCCGCCAUCGCCGAGUUCUACAACACGAUAAGCAACGUGUUGUUUUUUGUUUUACCACCCAUAUGUAUGUGCUUAUUCCGUCAAUAUGCAACCUGCUUCAACAGUGGAAUAUAUUUAAUAUGGACUCUGCUAGUUGUGGUCGGAAUUGGAUCUGUUUACUUUCAUGCCACUCUCAGUUUCCUGGGCCAGAUGCUGGAUGAGCUAGCUAUUCUGUGGGUGCUGAUGUGUGCUCUUGCCAUGUGGUUCCCUAGGAGAUACCUACCAAGAGUUUUUCGGAAUGACAGGAGCAGGUUUAAAGCUGCUGUGGGUGUCCUGUCUGGAGUUACUACCUGCCUUGCCUUCAUUAAGCCUUCCAUCAACAACAUCUCAUUAAUGACUCUGGGUGUUCCCUGCACAGCUUUGCUCAUUGCUGAGCUGAAGAGGUGUGAAAACCUGCGUGUGUACAAACUGGGUCUGUUUUCAGGUCUUUGGUGGAUGCUAGCACUUUUCUGCUGGAUCAGUGACAAAGCUUUUUGUGAGAUCUGGUCCUCAUUUAACUUUCCCUAUUUACACUGUGUAUGGCACAUUUUGAUUUGCCUUGCGGCGUACCUAGGCUGUGUCUGUUUCGCGUACUUUGACGCUGCCUCUGAGAUCCCUGAGCAGGGCCCUGUCAUAAAGUUCUGGCCCAGUGAGAGAUGGGCAUUCAUCGGCGUUCCCUACGUCACCCUCCUCUGCGCGCACAAGAAGUCACCUGUGAAGAUCACAUGAAGUUAGCCACGGAAUGGGAUGGAUUUUCAACUUAUAUUCCAGCACAGACAGUAUCUAAAUAAUGAUAAAUGAAUAGGGUUGUAUUUUAUCCUCUUGUUCAGAUAUGCAGCACUUCCAGGUGUCAUAGAAGCAUGUGGCAAGUGUGUUCUUUCCCCUCUUUCUGGAGAGGAGAGAGAUGGCAGGAAGUUGGAGGCUCUUGAACACUAAAGUAACAACCGUCUUCUCUGGUGACUCUAUUUUGCACUUUGUUUUCAAUGUAGCAUUUCACUUGACAGAAGUUAUUUCCAAAUAUCAGGGUCAAGAAAUAGUGUUUCGAUGUUUCUGCAGUAGGUCACUUCCGGUGCUUGAUUUACUUUGGUUAACUCUUGGCUUGAGGCCUUCCUUGUAAAAGAAGUUUGUCUAAGAUGCCUACGUGCCAUCUUUGUGUUCUUCUCAGCUCUCGUUUGGAUGUACUUGCACACGACCACAAGAGUGUGCUCAGAGCACAUGUUCCUCCCAGCCAGGAGGAUAAGACAGGGAGGCUGGAUGUGCAUCAAUCUGAAUCACAGAGCAUGUGGCUGUUUCCCUAAGUUCAGCAGGAGACCUGUGCAAAGUGGUUAUCACUGGAUAUCCGGAUCAGUGCAGCUAGGCAGUGUAAAAGUGGAAACAGCUGACAGAAUAUUCAGUUCCCAAAACUACAUGGGAAUUCAGGGGGUUUUAAAGUUUCUGUAUUUCCACUGAUCUGUGGAUAUUUAUAUACUGCAUAUUUUCUUCUUACAGGAAUGUAAUGGAAAUCCCUUUCUACCUCUGCAGACACGUUUGGUCUUCAAUUUGUUGUUGAAGCUCACACAGAAGUGUGAGGAUUAACUUCAGUCAGAGCACAGGUCAGCAAGGACUGACAGUGUGGUUAAAUUACUAAGAUUCCUAUGUACCUAGCUAUAUGUCUAAUUUGAGAGUUAACUUCUCACCAAAGUUUUGCAAAGUGACAUGAACAUAGUCCUGUGCUCUGCUAGUUAUGUUUAGGGAAAAGUAGAUCAUGCAGAUAACUUCUUAAAAACAAAGAUGAAAUUAGAUUGGAAUAAUUGAUUAAAUGUGACAUUCAGUCUUGCAUUCCUACAAAGGAAUAGUAGAUCUGGGUUUUCUGUUUGUUUUCAGCUUGUUUUGUAAAGAUAAGGGAUGUUUAGAUCCAGUUUUAAGAUUGUACUUUGGGACUGAGGUUCAGGAAUUGCUAUGGUUCUUGCAGGCUAUUAACACUAGGUCUGAUAACAAAAUGGUGCAAAGUGAAGGCAUGCCUUUUUUUUUUUUUUUUUUUUUUUUAUCUUAGGAGCUGUAGCUGGAACAGCUGCAGUCUUAGGGAACAUGGGGUCUGCUUACAUUCCACCAAAUAUCAGAACAGUAAGCAGGUUAAGGAUUUGGAUGUACAUCUUUAGUAAAGUGCUAUUUCUUUUUUGAGCACUAGACCAGGAAAUAUUUCCUCUGUGCUUUGCUACUAAGUCUUGUGUACUUAUUUUUUUUCUCAGUGUGAAAACAUACUGUAUACAGCAUCAUCUUUAGGAAAAUGGCUUUUAUCAAGAACUUUGGGGUCAAUUAGCCUUUCAAGCAUUGUGAAAACUUUCAGAUAACUUUUGUAUUCAAAUUUAUGCACAGAGAACAAGAGCUGAGGUGUAUGCUGUUACACUUAAAGCCAAGUUGUUAGUAGGAGAUGACUUUGUGAGAACUUCAAAGCGGGUAAGUAGCCUACUCUCCGAUUGAUUAAUGUAGAUGGAUCACAAAAGCAGUCAAAUCUGUUUACUUCACUGGAACAAUGAACAUUUAUACCACUUGCUAGUAGAGUUGUCUGGGAGAAAUGUGUUUUUUGAACACACAUUUUUUGUAUGAAACAAACUUUGUAACAAUUCACACAGUAAUGUUUGCUACUCAUUGAAAGACAGCUGCUUUUUUCCUUUUUUCUUCCUCUCUCUGUAAAUAUGAAAUGCUCAGUUUCAAACACUUCUCAGGUAUUAAUCUUAAGAUGAGAACCUUAUACAGAUAGGCUUACUGGCUGGAACCCAGUUAAGGUUGCUGUUGCAUGACACGGCCCUACUUUGAGUAAGAUUUCUGCAAUAUUGUUUAUUAAAUUAUUAUGUUACAAUAAAUAAGUUAUUUUCAGUAUUGUUUGGGGAAUUAGUAACUGCAGAUAUAUGUACUGUUCAAAAUGACUAGAGCCUUUCUACUUAAUAUUUUACCUGAAGGAAAACUGACUUAAAGGGUUCUAAUCCACCUGCUAACAACUGCAGUUUUCUGCCCUUUAUAGUCUUACUGCUCACAAAGAAGUGAUUUUAUAACUUAAUAAAUGGCAGUAGCGCAUUCAGCUACUGCAGAAGUGAAUGUAUGCAAGUACAGGACAAGAAUCAUCUCCUGCAUACUUAUUGACUAAUCUCUAACCCUCUCAUAGAGAUUCUGUUAAACAUCUCUAUCUGUUAUACAGAACUCCACUGUAGAACUGAUUGGGAGUAUUCUUGUUGUAACAGCAGUCCAGCAUUUUUAGAUACAGUUAUUGCACUUUACCGUAAGUUAAUAUUAACUUAAAUGUUCUGGCAAAAGCCACCUUUAUUUCUGAAAAGAAAAAAACAUGCAAUUUUUACCAGAUUCGCAGCUUUACAGAUUAUAUUUCGGAAUAAGGCUCCAAUUCAGGAUAAACAUCAGUACCCAAAGAAAUAUGUGAUUGGCACACUAAGGGUUUGUGCACUGCCCUGACCAUACAGAUGAAUAGGCAAGUGCACAAGUAGCCAUAUUAUACUGGAGUAUGAAGUGAUGGAUCUGCACCCUCGGUUUUUAAAAUCCUGGAAUGCUUUCUUCCAUUGGUGGCAGGAAGUGACUGGGUUCCUGGAUCAUAGGUUCAAUUAGUAUUUUAGGUUAGCUAGUGGGAUGCAGUAAUGUGUUGGGCAUAAUGUAGGUUCUUUAUAUCGGUGUGUGAUAUCCGUCAUUCCUUGAAUGUUAAGCUUUAAGAGUAUUUAAGAAAGGACAUUUAGCUCUCGGUGAUGGCAAACACUUGCCCAAUUCACGGUUACUAAAAAUACAGUAAAUAGUAUGUAAGGGGUUGUUUUAUUUUGUUUUGUUUUCCGUCUUAGUUGAAAUCUGUAUACUAAAUAUUUGUGGAAAGCAUGUAAUACUUUGCAACAUUAAAUCAUAUUCAGAACAAA